AUGUAUGCGGAUUUUGGUUUUACCAAAUUUCAUUGGAUGGAAUAUAUUGAGAGGAAAAGAAUGCAAGGGGAAUUGUGCAUUGUAAAAGAAAUGAUUUUCCUGUUUAUAACAUUGGCUGAAUCAGUGUUUACCGUACCAAUGACUGCGAAUGAAUACGAAAUUGAAAUUAAAAGUUUUGGUGCAAUACGGAAAUGGCGUGAAGAUGAUAAAGGACGUAUUCCUGAAAGCAUGAAAUAUGUCAGAAAGAUAUUUUUUGGUUGGCUAACUUCAAUGGCCCAAAUGUUCUCUCCUCCUAAUGACAAAUGA